AUGAAUUACAUAGCAUCCAGUGGACCUCUAUUCAAGGAUGGCAAAAAGCGAGUUGAUUACAUCCUGGUUUAUAGAAAGACAAAUAUACAAUAUGACAAAAGAAACACAUUUGAAAAGAACCUCAGAGCAGAAGGCUUGAUGUUGGAGAAGGAGCCAGCUAUUGCAAGCCCUGAUAUCAUGUUUAUUAAAAUUCACAUUCCAUGGGACACACUGUGCAAGUAUGCAGAGAGGCUGAAUAUCAGGAUGCCCUUCAGGAAAAAAUGCUAUUACACUGACCGGAAGAGCAAAUCAAUGGGCAGGGUACAAAGUUAUUUUAGAAGAAUCAAAAAUUGGGUAUCUGAAAACCCAAUGACCCUUGACAAAUCAGCUUUUCCAGACCUAAAGGAGUCAGAGUGCUACACGGGGCCGUUCAGCCGUGCACGGAUUCACCACUUCAGAAUAAACAAUAAGGACACGUUCUUCAGCAAUGCUACUCGAAGCAGGAUAGUCUAUCACAUGCUGGAGCGCACCAAAUAUGAAAAUGGGAUAUCAAAAGUGGGAAUCGGUAAACUUAUAAGCAAUGGCUCAUAUAUAGCAGCGUAUCCUCCACAUGAGGCUAUACUUUGGCUAUACUUUGGUGAGAAGAUUGGACUAUACUUUGCUUGGCUUGGAUGGUAUACUGGAAUGCUGAUUCCUGCUGCAAUUGUUGGCCUGUGUGUUUUCUUAUAUGGAUUAUUUAGAAUGAAUGAAAGUCAAGUAAGCCAACAAAUUUGUAAAGCCACUGAAAUCAUCAUGUGCCCUCUGUGUGACAAGAACUGCUCACUGCAAAGACUCAAUGACAGCUGUGUCUAUGCCAAGGUGACAUAUUUGUUUGAUAAUGGAGGAACAGUCUUCUUUGCUAUAUUUAUGGCAAUAUGGGGUAAGUAUGUUCUAUUAUUACUUUCUAGUCCUCACUUUCUGCAGCUGUUGCUGUGUUUCUUCACAUACACAUACGUGCAAACAUCCUAUAUCAAUUCAACAAUAAAGUCUCUAGGUUGGUAAUUGUUUUGUUUGUCCUCCCUAUGUGUUCAUUGCUUCUUUGAGAGUUUAACUCUUGCACUAACCCUCUGAUUACUAAAGCCUUGAUCUUCUUACACUAAACAGCAUGUUUUUCCUGACAAAGUGGGUGGUAAUUAAAAACGGAAACAUACCAACAUGCAAAAUUAAGCUUCUUGUAUAUUACUCAUAAAAGUGAUGGUCAGAAAAUUUUGUUUGCUUAAUAUUUUCAUUCAUCUUUUCUUUUACCUUAUGCUUCAUACAUUUAGAGAAGCAGAAUUUAUUUCAUAUAUGGUUGAGCAAUAAUGUCUAAUAUGUAAUAAAUCUUGUUCCUAUCUAACAAUUUAAAACUAUACAAAUUGUGUAUGGAUAUAUUCUUUGGCUGACUUUUAUCACCAUGAUUUUAUUGAGUUUGUAAGGCACCC